UCCUGUUUCCACUCUCUUUCUUCCCCCCCUCCUUUCUCCUGCAACUGUACCUUCUCUCUCUCCCUCUCCCUCUGCCCUCACUCCGCCGGAGAAUUGAGAAAUGGCGGAGAGAGAUGGAGACUGGGGUCAGCUGUCGUGCAAUAAGCCGAUGCCGGUGACGGGGGAUGGGAUAUGGGCGGGGACAUGCCCCUCGACUUCGCCUUCCCCCUCUUCGUCAUCCAAAUCUCCGUCGUCCUCAUCAUCAGCCGCACCCUCUGCUUCCUCCUCCGCCCCUUCAAGCAGCCCCGCGUCGUUGCAGAGAUUCUCACGGGAAUCUUGCUCGGCCCCGCGGUUGUGGGUCAACUGUUUCCAAGCAUCCCCGAGAAGCUUUUAGCGCCUGAGAGCAGAAGCCUACUCGAAACGUUCGCUAAUCUGGGGCUCAUAUACUGGCUUUUCCUGGUGGGCAUACAUCUCGACUUGGGGAGUCUGCUGAAGAAGGUGGGGAUGAAGGCGGUGGUGAUCUCCAUCGCCGGAACUGGACCCCCUUGCGCUGCGUCGGCUGCGAUGUACUUAUUCCUCAGGGAGUACACCAAGACGCCCAUCCCCGACGGCCCGAUGGUCAUCUUCCUCGGCGGCGUCGUCCUCUCCGUCAGCUCCUUCCCCAUCCUGGCGCGCAUGAUCACCGAGCUGAAGCUCCUCAACUCCGAAGCCGGCAACCUCGCCCUGUCGUCCAGCAUUAUAGUCGACAUCGUCAUGUGGGCGAUGCUCGUCGUUUCCGGUACCUUGACUUCGUCAAAACGCACAGGAAUGUCGACCUUUUGGGGACUCACUUGUGGGGUGAGCUUCGUGAUGUUCUUGGUGUUCGUCGUGCAGCCGGCGAUCGCGUGGAUAGUGAAGCGGACGCCGGAGGGGGAGACGAUGAACGAGGCGUACAUCUGCCUCAUCCUGGUGGGCGUGCUGGCCUGCGCCUUCGUCGCCGACUCCAUCGGCCUCCGCGCCUCCCUCGGCGCCUUCGCCUUCGGCGUCGUCAUCCCCCCGGGCCCCCUCGCCAACACCGUCACCGAGAAGGUGGAGGACAUCACCACCGGCCUCUUCCUCCCCCUCUUCUUCUGCGUCACCGGGCUCCGGGCCGACAUGCUCAAGAUCUCCACCAGCGAGCAGUGGCCGCUGCUGGUCGUGCUCUGCGUCUCCGCCACCGUCAAGGCCGCCGCCACCUGGCUUGUCGCCGUCGCCUACGAGCUAACCUCCCGCGACGGCGUCCUCAUCGCCCUGCUCAUGAACACCAAGGGCGUCCUCGACAUCGUCAUGUUGAACCGUCUCUUCGAGAAGAAGGCACUGAGCGCGGGAUCAUACGCGGUGAUGGUGCUGACGUCGGUGACGCUGACGGCGAUCAUCAGUCCGGCGACCUUCUUCCUGUUCAAGAGGGUGACGUCCUUCAUCCCAUACAAGCACCGGACGGUGCAGCGGGAGAAGAUGGACUCCGAGCUCCGGAUUCUGUCGUGCGUCUACAACCUCCGGUGCGUUCCGACGAUCAUCAACCUGCUGGAGGCCUCCUGCUCCGCCCGCCGCUCUCCUAUCUACAUAUACGCCCUCCGGCUGGUUCAGCUCACCGGCCGCGCCUCCAUGCUCAUCGUCCACACCUCCAACCAGCAGCGCGGUCAGGCCGGCCGCGCCCAGGACGAGAACGACCGCAUCAUCACAGCGUUCGAGAAGUACCAUGAGGCCAGCGGCAUCCCCGUCCAGGCGCUUACCUCCAUCUCCCCUUACUCCACCAUGCACGAGGACAUCUGCGGCCUCGCCGAGGAGAAGCGCAUCGCCCUCAUCAUCCUUCCCUUCCACAAGCAGCUCGCCGGAGCAGGAACCGGUGCUGCCGGAGGCGGAGCAGACGCCUCCAACGCCUCCGUCCGCAACGUCAACCACAACGUCCUAGCCACCGCCCCUUGCUCAGUCGGUAUCCUCGUCGACCGCGGCCUCACCGGUACCAUGGGGCUGUCCUCCAUGCACGUCUCCCACCACGUGGCCCUCCUCUUCUUCGGAGGCCCCGACGACCGCGAGGCCCUCUGCUACUCCGCCAGGUUCGUCGAGCACGAGGGCAUCAGCCUCACGAUCAUGAGGUUCAUCGCCGGCUCCGUCUCCAAGGCCACGACGCCGGUCCACGACGGCAUGCAGCAGCUUCUCCAGGACGAGGAAGUCGAGAAGGAGAUCGACGAGGAGUUCCUGUCUCAGUUCCGGCUCAAGACCGUCUGCGACAGCUCCAUUAUGUACAACGAGGCCGUCAUCUACAACGGGGAGGAGAUGGUCGCCGCCAUUAAGGCCAUCGAGUCCAACCACGACCUCUUCAUAGUGGGGAGGAACCAGAAGCUCUGGGAGUCGCCCGUGACCUCCGGCCUCACCGAGUGGAGCGAGUGCCCGGAGCUCGGCCCGGUCGGCGACUUGCUCGCCUCCUCCGAUUUCACCGCCGCCUCCGUCUUGGUCAUCCAGCAGCACCAGGGCCGCAUCGAUGCAGCCUUCAACUACUCGAACCAGGUGAAGGAGUUCGUGGGAAAUGCCAAGUAGUACCACCGAGCUCUUUUUCCGAUCGUUAGUUGUUGCAGAUCGACAGUGAGAAUUGCAGAGGAUGGAAACGGAGGGAACUCCAAAGAAGGACGAGCAGAAAUGAGGGAUGAGCAGAAAUUUUUUUUCUUUUUUCUAAACCACCAAUCUAUUGUUCUUCCUCUCCUCUUCUUUUUCGUUUGUUUGUCAGAGAAACCGCACAUGGAGUCUGAACAGAUCUCACCAUAACUGUUAACAGCGAGAUAUUUCUUUUUUCCUUU